AUGCCCAACGGCGCGCACAAUCACCAUGGUCUCUCGACGCCCCGGGUGCGGAAUGGGGAGCCUCAGCCCGCCCCGGCCGCCGAGCCCGCGUCUGCGCAGCGCGACCUCAAGUCGUGGUGGAAGAACUUCAGCAAGCGCAAUGUUAAAAAGGAAGAGGACAAAGAACCUGAAGCCCGCGGCAUCUUUGGUGUGCCCCUCAUCACUAGCAUACCCUACGCGAACGUCGCCAUAUCGCUCUUUAACGAGACCGGCGAGAGCUACAUAUACGGCUACGUGCCCAUCGUAGUUGCAAAAUGCGGUGUAUUCCUGAAGGAAAAAGCGACCGACGUCGAGGGCAUCUUCCGCCUGGCGGGGUCCGAGAAGAGAAUCAAAGAACUCAAGAUUGCUUUUGACACCCCACCACGGUGGGGCAAAGGCCUUGACUGGUCUGGCUACACGGUGCACGACGCUGCAAAUAUCCUUCGACGGUACUUCAACCAGCUGCCGGAACCUAUUAUUCCUCUGCAACACUAUGACGCGUUCCGCGAGCCUCUGCGCGGCCAUCAGGCUGAAGCCGUCGGUCAGAUCGAAGGUCAAGCACCGUCAGUAGGAGGCUUCGACCCUGACGCCGCUGUCCGGGUAUACCAGCGUCUGAUCAAGGAACUGCCGUCUCUUAACCGCCAGCUGCUCCUCUACAUUCUCGACCUGCUCGCCGUAUUCGCCGCCAAGUCCGACGUGAACAAGAUGACGACGUCCAACCUUGCUGCCAUCUUUCAGCCCGGCAUACUGUCCCACCCUCAGCACGACAUGUCUCCUCAGGACUAUCGCCUAAGCCAGGAUGUUCUUAUUUUCCUCAUCGACAACCAAGAUCACUUCCUGAUUGGACAACCAGCAGAAGAAUCUGCCCAGCCAGCACAAAGAGCUCAAACAUUUCCUGCCCAAAUGUUGGAUGUUGGCAAGCCUGAGCCACAGCCCAUGGCUGACUUCGUGAUGCCAGCUGUAGCUACGCCCGCUAUGGAGAUUCCUGGGGCAUUCCCUCUCCCUUCACCUGGACUCGUUCCUCCUUCAAGUGAGGUCGUCACCCCUGCCGCAUCUGCGCAAGCUGCACAAGUGUUAGCGCCGCCAAUGGCACACCAUCCUCAGCGUAGCCCUCACGUCACACCUAUUCGCGAAAGGUCCGAGUUCAUGGAAGCCCCGGUCGAUUCUGGACCUGCUGCUGAACCUACCCCGGCGCCGCGAUCUUUCACCCAGAUUCUCUCGAAGGUGUCACCGUCCAGCGAGGAGAAGCAACCGGGUCGAAGGCCAAACAAGUUGCAGAAGAGGCGCGUCCCAAGUGACAACCCUAGUGCGCACAGUUCCACGCACUCCUUGACGGGCGCGCACGCCGGCCUCGAAGGUCCGCCUUCCCCUCUUCCUCACCCCUCAAUACCACAGACUCACCUGACGGGCUCAAAGGAGGUCUUGCAGGCCUACAAUAGCGACACAAUAUCUUCGAGAAACUCCGGGGCGACAUUGAAGCCUAGCAUGUCCCCAUCUGCCUCUUUCCGGUCUCACUCUACUGCAACUGAGUACUCCGAAGCUGAACCGAUAGAGGAGCCUCCCAAGGAAGAGCCUCCCAAGGAAGAGAAGAAAAGUUUCUGGAGGGGUGGGCAUAGACGUGGCGAGAGCAAGGCCACGCCCACAGCAAGCCAGACAGACCUUCAUGGGUCUGUACCCGGAGCGGACAAGAGCAUGAGCUCGUUCGGCAGCGGCUCGGGAUGGGGAGGAGGACGAAGAAGUCUUCAGUACGACUCACACCAAGGCUCAGAUUUGUCUGUGCCAUACGGUGGUGCGGAUGCAAAGGAGCACGGCGAGAAGAAGAGCCGGCUCGACUGGUUCAAGGGGAAGAUGGGUGCAGAUAAGAAGGCUCGUGCUAAGAGUCCUCCAGGGAGUACGGCCGAUUUGACCUCUCCGCAAAGUUUGACGAAGCCGAAGGAUGAUCUGGCUGUUAGGGGAAGGUCGAUGGAUAUUCCCAGGCAGACAGGCGAGGGCUCCAGUGAUGUUACGCCCACGGGAACCAGUCAGAAUCCGCUCGCGACAUCGCCGCCUUCAAAUUCGGUAUCUCAGCCUGCUGCCGCGCCUGCCCCUUCGAAACCUAAUACUGCCGGCGAUCCGCCUCCUAAUCUGUCAGCGUGA